GUCGACGUUCAGAGGGUUCCAUUGCGGGCCGGCCGAACGGAGACACUAGGCGAGCGUCAGGCCGAAGUGGAGCUGCCCACCUUGGCUACGAAGGAGGAUGACCGGAAGCUGCUGGGCCCACGUCUCGUGCAAGCGCUGCCCGAGAACUCCGUUCACAGGAAGCUGGCCCUCCGACUUCCGCGAGUAGAAGGAGAGCCCGACGCGAUCGUCGGCGAGAAGGGCCCUGAGAAUCUAGGCAAGCAGGCCUCGAGUGACGCGGUAGAUAAGGUAAUAUGCCCCGACAUGGACGUGAUGGACCUGAUCCCGGACGAGCUGCGCGGCAUCAUCUUUCUGGUGAAUGCGAACCUGGAUCCGAGUGAGCGAGCCACUAUGGUGGCAGCGCUAGACGACUGGAAGAGUGACACGGCCAUUGACAAGGUGAAGUACGCGUGGCGGGCACAGGUGAACUAUCAGGAGGACGACGACGAGGAUGACCAAUUGGUCUACUACGAAGAGGAUGAGUUUGAGCAGACGGAGGAGGCCGAAGCUCACUAUGAGGAGGAGACUGCGAACGAGGAGAUCGAAACGCUGGAGGCAUGUGCAGAGGACGCUGAGAUCUACGCACAGGAUGCUAAGAGGACGUUCGCAGAGGCGAAGAAGAUGCUGGCCGCGACAACAAAGAAAAGGAGCGGCUACUUCCCAGAGGUGGGCAUCGGUCAGAUCCCGGGGAAGAACAUCAAGGAUCAGAGGGCGACAGCAGCAGCAAAGUCGGCACUACGUCCACCCAGACCUCCAGGGCCACAAGGUGGAGAACGCCCUCCCAUGCAGCAGUCGACUGCGAGACGCCCACACAAGGGUAAGGGCAAGGGCAAGUCGGUCAAGUGCUUGAUCUGCCAAGGACCCCAUCAAGCUGCAGACUGUCCGAGGCGCGGCAACACAGGAACCGACGGCAACAACAUGCAGAUGGCCACCCAGUGCUUCGUGGACGCAGUCGACGCCGAGCAGAACAACUACAGCAAUGAGGGAGAUGUCCAGGAAGCAGGACAAGCCGGCUGGGCACAUGAGGAGAUGGUUGGAUACACGAUCACCGACACCGGAACAUCGAAGAGCAUGAUCGGCAUGGAUUUGGCGCUUGCGAAUCAGGAGACUAUCGUCACCGAGACGGGUCUGGACCAGGUCGAGGUGGACUACACAAAGAAGACGAACUUCACCUAUGCCGGAGGCGAGAAGGGACAGUCCAUAGGGAGGUUCGGCUUCGAGCAUCCCAUCGCGCUGGCCGAGGACAAGAGCAAGCUGUGGUUCGAUCUGGUCGAGAAGAAGUCGCCGAUCCUGCUGGGUCUGGACUACCUGGAGAAG